AUGGGAAGAGGAGUUCGGGGCAGCAACGCAGCCAAAAGGCAACGCGAGCCCACGCCGUCGAAGACCCCGAGGGCUCUGAAAAAGACCUGCCCAAACCCACCGAGUCCAUGUGCCAGCUCCGUCAGAAAAACAACAACCCAGGUAGCAAUCAAAUAUCCAUCACAAAUGCUGGCAAGGGUGUGCGAGUCUGAGGAAGAGCCUGUCGUAAAAUGCAUAGUCCUGAAGAAAUGGAAAGAGGCUGCCAGUCAUAUAUUAAAACACAAACUCCUUCAGGAGGAAAUCAAAGCUGGAAUCAUUCAAUUUAUGCAAGAAGAAUGUGAGGCACUCUGCUUACGAAAGAAUGACUUCAUUCUCUGGAGGUCAAAACCAGCAGACCUUAAGUCAUUCUCCUUCCAAGGCUUAAGAGAUGACCUCCAUCGGCUUGCUCCCUUUUUACUGGCUAUUUUCACCUGCGUCAGCAAUGAGAACCACUUUGCAGCAUGUACUGCUGCAGCCAUUGCUGUGAGAGGCAGACAACCCCGCCUGGCUGCCUUAUCAUACUACAUUAACACCAUUCUUCAGUACGGCGGAGCAAAGAAGUCCGUUUUCAAUAGACUGAGCCGGUUAUCAAUCACCACAUCCCAUGACAAAGCCAUAAAGAAGCAGAGGGAGUUGGCACUAGACAGUAGGGCUGAGUUCCAACAAUUCAGAGGUUGCAGCAGAGACACAGGAUUGUUAGAAGCAUCCCAAAGCCUGGAGGACCUUCAUCUGUCAGACGAAAACAGCACAACUGCCCCCAGAGAAGAAGACUGCUGUGUGGCCUGCCCAUCAUAUUCAAUAAUCAUGGACAAUCUGGAUUUCUUUGUUCACACCCACAACCAGUCAACCAGUAGGAGCAACAAAAGCAUACACUGGAUACACCAUAUUGCCGUCAGAGAUCGCAUACCAACACACCACAUCUCCAACAUCAAACCCACAACGGACAUACAACAAUACAAUCUGAACUUAUCACUGCCAUGGAGGAACACCCAGGCUUCCAUGCGCCGUGAAUUCAUUGUUCUUGCCACUAGAAUGCUAACCAAGCACAUGGAUGUGUUUGAAAGCUUUGGAGAGACAGUGGUGCAUCACAUUCCUCAUCUGUACUCCAGUCAAAUGUCAACACUAUCAACUGAUUUCCCCUUAGGCCCCUUCUUCAAAGAUGAAAACCAAAAAAACGACUUGGCAGAUGUAAUGAGACAAAUACAACAAGAGUAA